AAUAAAAUAAAAGAAACACUUGUUCUUCUUUCUUCUUCUUUGUUUUCACCAAGCUCUGUUCUACAGAGAGAUCCAAUUCCAUCUCUCUCUUACACACACACAUCACUGUGCAUCUCUCUCUCUCUCUCUGCAAACUUCAAACACACAACACCACACCAGAUCUCAUCAACUAUAUGAUCACCAUCAACAACUCUAGUUCCUUUCCAUUCAUUUUUCACCUCUAAAUCUCACUCUAAUCAAUUCACUUUCACACUUUCCACAUUUCAGAAUCCUAAUUCACACAAAUCACAAUGCACUGAAAUCUCUCUCUCUCUCUCUCUCUCUCUCAUCACAACAAAGCGCCAUGGUCUUUGGCAAAACCUCCGGCGGCAAAAGCACCCUCCGUAUCUCAUCUUCCCUCCAAGAUCUCACCUCCUACCGCCACCUCAAUCCACAAGAUCCAAUCUCCACCGUCCAUCCAAUCACCCAACACCAACAACAACAACAACUUCUCCCAAAUUCAACUUUCUCCAAAACCAAACCACCUCAAACUCAAAGCCCAGCCCGCAAAAAAUGGUCCCGGCCCAUUACCCUCAUCUUCUGCCUCCUCUUCCUCAUCCUCAUCAUCUACACAAUUUACUCUCACCACCAAUCUUCAUCUAAUAAAUACUACGUCGUUUUGGAUUCUGGUAGCACCGGUACACGUGUCUAUGUUUACAAAGCUGAAAUUCAAACUCAAAAAAACGAACACACUUCACUUCCGAUUUCGGUUACUUCAUUGCGAAACGGGUUAAAGAAAAAAUCCGGUUCGCAGAGUGGUCGUGCUUAUGAUCGUAUGGAAACUGAACCGGGUUUAGAUAAACUGGUUCAUAAUGUUACCGGUUUAAAAGGCGCUUUGAAACCGCUCUUAAAAUGGGCUAUGAAGCAAAUUCCUGAAGAUUUUCAUAAAAGCACUUCUCUUUUUUUAUAUGCUACUGCUGGUGUUAGGAGAUUACCAAAUGAAGAUUCGAAAUGGUUACUUGAUAAUGCGUGGAAUGUUGUUAGGAAAAGUUCCGGUUUUGCUUGUAGGAAAGAUUGGGUUAAGAUUAUUAGUGGGACUGAAGAAGCUUAUUUUGGGUGGAUUGCUUUGAAUUAUGAUAGUGGGAUUUUGGGGGUUAAGCCUAGGAAAGAUACUUAUGGUGCACUUGAUUUAGGUGGGUCGAGUUUGCAAGUUACAUUUGAAAGCGAUCAAGAACGUUUGAAUGGGGAAACUAGUUUGUUUGUUAGGAUUGGUGAUGUUAAUCAUCAUUUAACGGCGUAUUCUUUAGCUGGGUAUGGUCUUAAUGAAGCAUUUGAUAAAUCGGUUGCAUAUGUUUUUAAGAAAGGGAAAGUUGGUUUAGGUGGAGUUGUUAAACAUCCUUGUUUGCAAAAUGGGUUUAAGAAUCAGUAUACGUGUUCUCGGUGUUUGGUUGGUGAGAGAGGGAAUGGAGGGGAGAGUCCGAAAGUUAAUGGGAGCGGGAGUGGGAAUGUUGUUGGUGGUGGUGGGAAAGUAGUGAUGAAGACACCGGUGACUCUUGUAGGUGCGCCAAAUUGGCAAGAGUGUAGCGCGAUUGCUAAGGUGGCUGUUAAUUUGUCGGAAUGGUCUGAUGUUGGUCAGGGUCUUGAUUGUGAAGUGAAUCCUUGUGCUUUGCGAGAGAAUCUUCCUCGCCCAUUGGGUCAUUUUUAUGUGAUUUCGGGGUUUUUUGUGGUGUAUAGGUUUUUCAAUUUGACUUCUGAGGCUACUAUUGAUGAUGUGUUGGAAAAGGGUAGGGAGUUUUGUGAAAAAAAAUGGGACGUGGCUAAGAAAAGUGUUGCUCCACAGCCUUUUAUCGAGCAAUAUUGUUUCAGGGGGCCUUAUGUUGCGUCUUUGCUGAGAGAGGGUUUGCAUAUUACAGAUAGACAUAUAACUGUUGGCUCUGGAAGUAUCACUUGGACGCUUGGGGUGGCUUUGUUGGAAGCUGGGAAGUCUUAUUCGACCAGAUUUGGGCUUCGUGGAUUUGACUUGGUUCAGAUGAAGAUGAAUCCUCUGAUUCUUAUUCCCAUUUUGUUACUUUCUCUUAUUCUUUUAUGUUGCGCUUUAUCAUGUGUCCUCAAAUGGGUGCCAAGAUUUUUCCGGAGGCAAUACCUUCCCCUUUUCAGGCAUAACACCACGUCCAGUUCAUCUGUUCUUAAUAUCCCGUCUCCUUUAUGGUUCAAGAGUUGGAGUCCAAUUAUUUCUGGAGAGUCAAGAACAAAGACACCACUCAGCCCAACUAUCGCAGGUUCACAAGAUAGACCAUUUAGCCUGGGACAUGGUCUUGGUGAUAACAGUGCAGGCAUCCAGAUGAUGGAAUCUUCCUUUUACCCGGCAGCUAGUAGUGUCUCGCACAGUUAUUCCUCUACCAAUUUAGGGCAGAUGCCGUUUGACAGUAGUAAUAUAGGGACCUUCUGGAAGCCCCACAGAAGUCAGAUGCGUCUGCAGAGUAGAAGAUCGCAAUCUCGAGAAGACUUGAAUUCGUCAGUGGCUGAUGCACACAUGGUGAAUGUUUAGGGCCUCAUCUUCUGGACAUUGGCUGAGUUGUUGUCCAAUCAAUUGAAGAUGCAAUUUUUCUGGGCAUUGUACUGUCAUCAGAAAUCAUUGUUAUUCACUAAAGGAUAUUUUUGGGUCCAUACCAUGUGUUAUUUCUCUUUAAUAUUCAUUGCAAAUUAUAAAGGGUUUGUACAUGUCCCGGCAUUUCAGUUUUUGUCGUGGAGAUUGAUCGAGGAGACUGAAGAAGAGCUGGCAAGAAUAUGUUUAAUUCCAAACUAAUUUGCUUCCCUGGAUCUCACUUCUACAUCAAAUUCCUCCACAAGCUUCCUUGCACGAAUGAGCACUCUUGUUCCAUCAUUCCUUACCACUCUCCUGCAACAGCUACUGAUGUUUCCAUGUUCUGCCUCGACUGUACAGGUUUCCGGUGGUCAUAAGCCUUCAAAGCACCCGAGUCCAUUGAGCUUGAGAAGCUCAUCAACCUGCUAAGAUAAAUUAAUUUGUGACUUUGUUCUCAUACCAUUUUUUGGACUAAUAAAUCACCAUUACUUACUAAUUAGAAUCUCCCCUUGUUUCGAAAGUGAAUGAUGGCCGAGAAAAACACUUGGAAAACAUAAACCACUGGGAGAAGUUGUAACAUAAUACUACAAUGCUCACAUCUUAUACAUCUAAUAAUUAUAUUUA